AUGAACUCCAGUAGAAUAGUUGAUUAUAGCGUAUACAAUAAUUCUGAUGUCGGAGACGACAGAAACUCACCGAAAGCAUUCGAUACAACUCAUUUCUUCACGCACAAAUUGCCUUCCAAGACGUCUUUACCUAAUACUGUACCAAGAGAUGGCACUCUUGCUGAGUCUUCAGUCAAUGGAAUCGAUAUCUCAGGGGAGGGAAGUACCCUUUUGGAGGUUGUGAUGCCUAUGUCAGCUAAGCUGCAUUCAAGAGAUGAAACCGCAGCCAUACAUUCACUUGGUCUUUGCAUUCGCUUAGGCCGAGGGGGCCCACAUGGUACACUGAGAACAAUUCUCAUUCGUCUAACAGAUCCAGAAGAUCCUUUUUUUCUCUUUGAGUUAGAGCUUAUUGAAGAGGAUUACAGUGAAUUCAAGCAAAGGCUUGAGCUUUUGGUUGAUUUUUAUGGUUUCCCACGGUUUUUUGUGAACAUGAUUCAAGGAAUUACCCAAGGUACAUCUCCUUUUCAAAUCAGCUUUUCUGUACAUGCGAACGAUCCCAAUCGUGGUACAUUUCGAAUCAUCGAAAUUACUUCAUUUAAGACUGUAGAACACAUUUCUUUAAUCCUCAUACGACAGGGUGACACAGGGCAAAAAACGUAUCUUGCAGAACGAUUUCAACACUUUGAGCAAGCUUUUCUUCAGUGCAAUCUGGAACGCAAAGAGGAGGGAGAGCAGGCACAUCGGAUGAUCCAGGAUUUGAAGCAUCGUGUUGAAGGGUUGACUGAAGCAAAUCGAUCUCUUAAUGAGGAGUUGAGAGUUUUGAGAGCACAAUCUGAAAAGGAUAAACUGACCUCCCUAAACACAUUACGUGAUGGACAUCAAAAUGAUGUACAAGCGCUUCGUAAUAGCUAUGAGGAUAAGUUGAAAGAUUCUCAGAAUAAAAUUGAAAGCAUUGAGCAGCGUUUAAAGGAAGACUGCCGAGAGAAGAACAUAAUUAUCGAUGAACUACGUAAGCAUAACGAUGCUUUGGAGUCGACUUUGAGAUCGCUCAAAUCGGAGAAUAAGCACCUUGAGGAAACCCGAGAUGCUCAGGAGCUGGAACUUGAGAAGCUUCGUAAAUCGUGUCAGGAUCUCAAGAUGUACAAAAUGGAAGCAACAAGUAUUAUUUCGGAAAAUGAGCUCAAUUACGUUUCGCUUAGUGAACGUCUACGGAGUUCUAUAUCUUCUUUAAAAAGUAAGGAAGAAGAACUCGAAACUGCAAAAUCACACCUCCAGAAACAGGAUAACUAUAUAAAUAUUCUAAAUAACCAAAACGAACAACUCAACGAUAAACUUCAACAUAUAAAAAAAUCUCUUGAUAAGGCUAAUUACAUUAUUGGUAACCAGCUUCAGAUUAUAAAAAACACGAAGGAACGCUUCAAAGUGGCUACAGAGCAGUUACACACGCAUCAAGCCCUUCUUUCAGAACGAGAGAAUGCGGCCACACGCAUGAAAAGUGAGCUUUCGAGUUGUGAAGAACAUAUUCAUGGCCUUCAAGAAAAAAAUAAUGAACUGCGGGAGCAGCUACAAAAAACGGAUGAACACAGGGAAAAGCUAUCACAAGAGCUUCAGCAUACACAAAUGGCAUUGCUGCAAGUUCAACGCAGCACAAGCAUCAGUGGGAGGCAUUGGAGCUCAUGGGGGGGUGCAAAGGGAUCUCUUUCUCCCGGGUUAACAUCCAAUGCGACGUCGUGGAAGCCAUCGCCCAGCCUCGAUGCGCAUCGGGGGCUUGACGGUCGCGUGAGCAGCCGUUCAAUUUCCCUAAAAGAAUCAGGAUCCUACGCUGAGGAUACUGCGGCACGGAUGCCCCUUUUCACAUUUUCACAGGAAGACAAAUCUAUUAUUCCACGUACACCCUCGGCAGGAAUAACGAAAGGCUUUUCGUGCCAGCGGGAUGCUUUGUGUAAGACUGAGACUAGAAAUUUAACAAAAGAAGCGCAUAUAAAAGAGACUGUGGAUGAGGGAAUGGCGACUACGAAUAAAAAAGGGGCAGACUCUACGAACUAUGUUGUUCCAGAACGUGAAGACAGUCGACAGCGACUUAAAGAAAAGUCAUUUUUAGAGGUGAGGGAGGUUCUGGCCGUAGAAAAUACAAACGUUCCAAUAAGUGCCUACUUCUAA